AUGAGGUCGCGGUUGGGUUUGCCGGAAAGGAGCAGCUGCGUGCGCGGGAGCUGUGGGGAGGAGGGGCGGCUGCGCGGGCCGGCGAAAGACGAUGACAUUGAGGAGGGGGAUCUUCCUGAACACAAGAGACCUCCGGCACCAAUAGAUUUCUCAAAAAUUGAUCCAGGCAAGCCGGAAAGUAUCCUGAAACUGACGAAAAAAGGGAAGACUUUGAUGAUGUUUGUCACAGUGUCAGGAAAUCCCACGGAAAAAGAGACAGAAGAAAUUACUAGUUUGUGGCAGGGAAGUCUCUUCAAUGCAAACUAUGAUGUACAAAGGUUUAUUGUUGGCUCAAAUCGUGCAAUCUUUAUGCUCCGUGAUGGCGGUUAUGCCUGGGAGAUCAAAGACUUCCUGAUAAGUCAAGAAAGGUGUGCGGAUGUUACUCUGGAAGGCCAGGUUUAUCCAGGCAAAGGAGCAGAUGGAAGUGAGAAAGGAAGAAACAAAACCAAACCUGAGAAAGCAAAGAAGAAAAAAGAUGCAGAGAAGAAAUCUAAAAGCAGCCAAGAGGACAACCGCAACCAAACAGAGAGAAGAUCUAUGACAGAUGCAUGAACCAGACUGAAUAGUGCUCUGCUGUUCCUUGAAGGGAAACUUAACUUUCUUUACAAUUUCUGGCUUUAUAGAGGAGAAGGAAGGAAGCAGAUGUUACUGAGGUUUAAAGACUUCUCUGUUGAAAUACACAUGUUUACUUAUCAGUGUUGGCUGUUUGUUUAGUUACAGAAACGGUAAUGUUUAAUACCAGCAAUUGACUACUUUAGUUUGUAAUUCUUUAUGCUUUUGUUGUUGUUCAAAGUUAACAUACAGACCUAUGUCUGAGGUUAUGAACAUAGGUGGAGAGGAGGGAAUAGUGUCUUGGAAUACACCAUGUUAAUCUGUAGUAGCUGCUGUUCGUCUUGGGUAUGCAACUUGGUUGUUGGCUCCUUGUUGCAGAGCUUCUUUCUAAAAGAUACUUCAGGAAGCCAAUUUGCCACUCUCAGUUUGCAAAACAACUUAAGUUGCAAAGAACAAUGUUAUGGUGGACAAAGGUGCUUGAAAUGCCCAGGUUUAAGAUGGGUUUGGUUAGACUGAUUUUCUGUAAACAAAAACUCUUCUGUUUGUCACUGAAAAUCCACAGAAGUGCUUUGAUACAUAAUAGAAGCUAGGCAGAAACUCAGCUAAUGCACUCCAAAUCAGUACAGAGAAGGGAUUCUGUACGCAUCAGACGUGAUGCAGUUGAGUGUAAGGAAGCUACAAAGCCAGUGUGGACAAUGUUAGAGUGAAAAGAAAAGUCACAUUCAUGGCAUUCAAGUUGCUACAGCUGCCAAAGAACAGUAUCCCAUUAUCUAGACAGUGAGUUAGAAGAUACGGCUUUAACUCUUGAAUUAAUUUGUUUUGCUUGAAUCUUUGUAAAAACAUUAGUUACAGUGCAGAGUUAAACUUCAAGGUUGACAUAUCUCUUACUGAUGUUUAAUAACCAGAUUAUUUUUUUUUUCCGUAAAUUCCUGAGCGUGCCAUGGUUGAUUGUAAAUGAGCAGUGGUUUAAAUAAUACGAACCUUGAUGUAUGGGAGCAAGUCUGAUUUCUCCUUGAAAGCCUUUGUGUGGUCAGGAAGGUUUUAUUAUAAUUCCAGCAGUUUUCAGGCAAACUCAUGGCUUAGCUGCCCUUUCCUUUUCCUCUUCUGUUUAGGACUAAAUGCGCCCAGUAUUUGUUGUCCACAUCAUUUUUCAGAGGAUGAGCACAGUAUUAACUGUCUCCAUUCGAUAGUACCAAGAUAAUAUUACUUUCACUCUUUUUAUAAGGUGCUAAAAAAGUGUUUUGGGUGAAAGGUCCUAACUGAACCAUAAUGGUUGCUCUUGUGGAAUAUUUCAUUAUCAAAAGAGGGAAGCUGACUUACUGAGUGCUUGUUCCAAAAUAAAAGGAUGUCACUAAACUUAUUGCUUCACUGAGUAGUCAAACAUUUUAAAAAAUGAUGCACUUAGUUAGAUGUUUGGGAGGGAAAACUAACCUGCCUUUGGUUUCUUUAGUUACUCAUAAGGACUAACUGAUAUUGAUUAAAAUUCUAGGCAAUCAUUUUUCCUUACUUCCAGUGAUAGCAUAUGAAUUGAAGAAACCUUUCCUGCCACACUUCACUAAAUGGUUUUCUGAGUGGAUAAAUGAGAAUCACAUAUUGGUUUUGUAUUACACUGUUAAUCCAAAAGUAUACAGGAGUUGAGGUAGGUCUCUAGACUUGGAUAUUGCACUGCAGAGAGAUGUGCAGUCUGUCUCUUGUUCGUAACUAACUUAACAUGUUGUAACACUUUCAGGUACCUCUCUGUUUUGUUUAAGAAUUUUGCUUCUGAGAAGACGAGCGUAUGUGAAAUGUUACUGCCUUUUUUUUUUCUUUUUACAACAACUCUGUGGUACAAAGAUGACAAUUCAAUUUGUCAUCACGUGUGUGGAAAUGCUCUGUUCUUUCUGGCUUGAGUUUUGGUUGUGUGUGAGUUUUUUUGUUUUUUUGUUUUUUUUUUGUCAAACUAGGUUUUACUGAGCUAAGUAAGUAAUGCAAGAUAGUAUACAAAUAGUAGAAAAUCACAGCUAAGGCAGAGGGUUGAUCACUGCCCUAUGACUAUAGCCCAACUUCUGAGAAUCAGUGCUUGUUGUAGUCAGUUGUAAGACUAUGUUUACAGCAGGCUGGGUCUCUUCCCUUUGUGGUUAGUAGGGUGGGGGCAGCUUUGCUGAAAUUCAGCACACCUGUUGACCAUUUGUUUGUUUCUGAGUAAUUAGCAUGUGCCAAAUGAAGUCAUGUUUUGUGCCACCUUUUUUUUUAAUUAAAAAUAACUCAUUUGAUUUUUUUUCUUUUUUUUUCCCCUCUAAAAGUCUUUGGGACCACGGCACUUGGACUGGUGCAGCUUUCUAUAAGCACUGUUAUGUUGUACUGAUUGAAGAGACCCAAACACAAUACAUAUGCGUGUGUGUACAUGUAUGUAUACAUAUAUAUGCAUAUUGAAACUGAGCUUCUUGAAGGUAAUUUUGUUUAGUUGGAGAUGAUAACUUCUUGUUCUUGCCUCCUUAUCUAAGCUAUACACAGAGGUAUGUGGAAAAAAGCCUGCUUUCAUGACAGCUAAAGUUCUCUCUUUCUCUACUCCACUGUAAUUAUUUCUCUGUUCUAGUGCCAUAACUAAAUUUGCUGGGUUAUCUUUGUGUUUUCACCCAGCUGCCAUUCUCAGAAGAUAGUUUGGCAAUGUUAUUACAGAAAAUGUCAUACUUUGUGAAAACUUUCCAUUUGAUUUUAUUGAUUAAAAUAUUGGAAUAAGCAUCUGA